GUGUGGUGCAUAAAUUUUAUUUGGACCAAUCAAGGACCGCAAUGCAAUUUAAAAAUACCACAAAAAAUACUUAUAUUUUGAGUCAAAAUAUGUCUACUGAUUAAUCAAAUACCUACCUAUUUGAAAGAAGAAUUAAUUUUGCAAUAUACUUUUCACAGAACAUAUUUUACUCAGUGUUUUGAUAGCAUGUUAGACCAUGAUAAAGCUUGUGUCAGGAAUGUAACAAAUUUUUCCAUAAUUAAUUUUUAAAGCAAUAAAAAGCAUUGUUCGAUAUAAAUAAGAAAUUGUUUUGAACUUUAAACAUACAGGUAAAGUAAUCAGUUUUUGUAAUAAUAACAUUCCUAUUAAUACUUCUGGAAAACCUUUUAAAAUGGAUGAAGAAGCAGCAAAUCAAAUGGGGGCCAAAAUAGAAUUAGACACAGAACUAACAAAUAAAUUUUUAAAUGGUGAAAUGUCUUUCGCUGAAUAUUCUAGUGAGUGGUACGAUUGUGAAGAUGAAGAUGAAGUUGAUGAUGCAGAGAAAAAAACAGAAGAGCCGCAACAGACUGCAAAAAGACGUCGCAGAGUCACCCGCUUGACCCCAGCUUUGGUUGGAUUAAUGGGUGAGGCCAAUUUAAGAUUUGCUAGAGGAGAAAUUGAAAUGGCAGAAAAGAUGUGUCAUGAAAUAAUUAAACAAUUACCAACAGCUUCGGAGCCCUACCAAACUCUGGCACAAAUAUAUGAACAUGAUUCUGAGAAGGCUUUACAGUUUUCUCUCUUAGCUGCUCACUUAUCUCGAACUGAUGUUAAUGAGUGGUUAAGAUUAGCUGCAAUCUCAAAACAAAAGGGUAACCACAAACAAGAGAUGAUCUGCUAUACUCAAGCUAUCAAAGCAGAUCCACAGAAUAUUGAUAUCCACAUGCAAAGGCUUGAUCUAAUAAGCAAGAUUGAAGAGAUGAAGCUUACAUUAAGUGCUUGGUUUAUCUCAAGAGUGAAAUGUUAUCAUAAAAUUGUGACAUGCCUUGCCCCAAGUCAUGGUGAAAUAAUAAUGAAACAUGCAAGGCUAGCUGCCUCUUUAUAUCAUGAUGCAAAUGAAAAGAGUAAGGCAUAUGAAGUUAUGCAAACUGCAUACAAAAAGUGUCCCACCCUGUUUACCCUAGAAGAUCUUAAUAUUUAUUUGGAAUUAUUAAUAUCACAGAAGGAAUUUCAAAAAUGUCUAGAAGUAUUUGUGGCAAGUGUUGGUGUGGACAUUGAAGCAGAAAUAGAGACAAUUCGAAAUUCCUCAAAUGAAAUUGAAGAACACACUAAUUACACUAAGUGUUCAAUACCAAGUGAUUUAGCAAUAGAUCUUAAGUGUAAACUGUUGGUUUGUUUUAUUCAUUUAGGUGCAAUAAAUCUUGUUAAGACAUUUUUGGAUGAUUUUUUGACUAAUGACGUUGAAAAAGCCGGAGAUUUGUAUAUGGACAUUGAAGAAGCAUUUUCUGCUGUUGGUCAUCAUGAAAUGGCUAUGCAACUAUUGGAACCUCUCGUAAAAGCUCCCAAUUUCGAUCUUGGAGCAGUGUGGCUCAAAUAUGCAGAAUGCCUUCUUAAUUUAGGGAGGGAAGAUGAAGCAGUUAAUGCUUUUUACAAAGUUUUAGAACAUGCACCACAACAUCCUGAUGCUCGUCGGAAACUCUUUUCCAUACUAGAAAAGAAAGGUUGUAUAGACGAAGCUUUAAAUGUUCUUCAACAAGACUAUAAAUAUGUUGUAAGUCCCAGUCUCUUAUAUGAACAUUGUACUAUACUUAAAAGAUAUAAUAGGAUACCCAAAUAUUUGGAAGUUGCAGAAGCUUUGUUAUGUAGAACUUUAACAAAAUUUAAUCAUGAAGAAGAGUUGAAAAUAGCUUGCAGGGCAAGAGGUGGAGUUGAACUUAUUCAUGAAUUUCGGACAUUAAGAGGAGAAAGUGCCUAUCAUGAAAAUGAUUUGCAAUUUGAGGAUGAAACCUUCAAACUUAGUCCUAAACAGGAGUGGGAUUUGUUUAAUGAGUUGCUCUCCAUUGCUUGUGAUUUAAAACAAUACUCAACUAUGCAAAGACUAACAUAUAGUGCUAUGCUUAUAAAAGGCUUAUCAUCUCAUAAAAGAGAAAUAGAAUUCUAUAUAUUCCAAGCGAGUCUUCUUAAUAAAAACUAUGUUCAUGCAAUGAGAUUUAUACGAGAAUUUGCUCAAAGAAAUACUUCAAAUAGAACAUGGAAUUUAUUGAGCCUAGUUAUAAACUCCCUAGAGGACACCACCCAGAGCAAGUUCCUGACGAGGCUUUUCCACAAAGAACCACAUUGGGUAAGGGAGCAUUUUAAGAUGGAGAAAACGCCAGCAAAUGAUAUCCUCUUCCGUGAGCUUUGUACACUCUUAGAACAAUUGAGCAAAAGGAAGAAACAUAGACAAGAUCAAGAUAAAAUGUUGUCUAAUUUUAUUAAUGAUUUUAGAAUUAAUUCUGGAAAAGUUACUGAUAAAAAGAAUUCCUCAUUCUUCCCUGUUUUGCGGCUGCUUCUACCAGAUAGAGACCGUGAAAGGAGUCCUUAUAAUUUGAAGGAGACAAAGCUUGGGUCUCUGUUAGUUAAGGUCCUAUCGCUGAAUAAACAAUCACAUGAUGCCCAAGAGCUCCUUAACUUUCGAUCAGUGCAUAAUAGCGCACAUGACAGCGAUUUCGCCGGUGUGGCUUAUUUCGUAUUAAAGAACAGAAUGACACAGAAAUCGUGCAGCUUAACUAUAGGAGAUAUUAAUAAGGUGCUAGACAGAAUAUCCUCUGCUGAAGUCGGAAAUAAAGGCCCUGUCCUGGAUGACGCUUUCAGCUUUAUUAUUAAAAACUUAACUGCAGAGCAACUGAAAUGGUUUCUAAGGAUUAUUUUGAAGGAUUUAAAACUCGCUAUAGGAACGCAUAGAACCUUAGCUGCGUUUCACCCUGACGCUCCUGAACUCCUGGAUAGCUGCGGGAAUCUUAGCAAGGUGUGUGAAGACUUAGCUGACGGCGAUACCCGACCAAUAGAGUUAGGUGUGAAGGUAUUCUACGCAGUGAGUCCCAUGCUAUCAGAGAGGCUGGAUAUAACUCGUAUAUCCCAGCUGUCGUCGGAUAAAACCUAUCAGAUCGAAGAUAAGUUCGACGGUGAAAGGUUUCAGAUUCAUAUGGAGGACGAUGUAUUUGAAUAUUUCUCCCGUAAAGGUUUCGCAUAUUCAAGUAAUUAUGGAAAAACGUAUGAUUCAGGAUUACUGACACCGCACUUGAAGGAUUGUUUUUCGCCGGAUGUUAAAAGUUGCAUACUCGACGGGGAAAUGAUGGGCUGGCAUAAGGAAUAUCGAUGUUUUGGUUCCAAAGGCAUGGCUUUCGACAUAAAAAAAAUCACGGAGAACUCGAAAUUUCGGCCAUGUUUUUGCGCCUUUGAUGUUCUGUAUUACAAUGGUAAGUCACUGAUUGGUCCGCCUGAUAAAGGCGGGAAAACGUUGAAGGAAAGGCAAAAAAUAUUAGACUCCAUGUUUGUUAAUCUUCAAGGAGUCAUAUUGCGUAGUAAACGGCAGAUUAUGAGAGAAACCGUCGAUGUUUUGAAUGCUCUGAAUAAGGCGAUAGAAAACCAGGACGAAGGUAUUGUUGUGAAGGACGUCGACUCAUAUUAUAUAGCCAAUCGACGAAACGCGGGAUGGUAUAAAAUAAAACCAGAGUACACAGAGGGCGCGAUGACAGAUCUGGACUUGGUGGUGAUCGGCGCUGAUGAAGCUGAGAACAAGAGGCAGGGUCGGGCCAAAAGCUUCCAUGUUGCCUGUCUGGACAAUACGGGUCCAGCUAAACGCUGGGUUGCAGUCGGUCGAGUUGCAACGGGUCUAACGUUCGACGAAAGGGAGAAACUGUGCGCACUUUUGGAACAAAAAUGGACGAUUGCAAAGAGAACUCCACCACCGUCAUGCUUGUUCUUCAAUAAGGAUAAGCCGGACUUCUGGAUCUUGCCAGAAUAUUCGGUUGUUUUGGAAGUUCGAGCAACAGAAUUAGUACGCAGCAGUUCGUCGGGAACGGAUUAUACGCUACGUUUUCCGCGCGUCAUGAAAGUGCGUAGCGACAAACCGGUGAACGAUGUGCUUACUUUGGAGGAAUUUCAGCGACUUGUAGCGGAAAAAAAUGCAGUUAUAAAACUCAGUACCAAGCGUAUAAGCGAAGAUCAAAUAGACGCUGUUCUAUCCAAAACGCGACGUACGCGUACAUCGAAGGCCAUACAAGUUAGCGACAAGUUUCGUACAAAACAAACCGGCGAUGUACACGUUACAUCUAGUGCGUUACGGGAUAGGGAAGUGUGUGUGCUGUCUGGGGAUGGGGGUGGGGAGGGGGGGAGGGGGGAGUUGGUGAGGAUCGUGGAGAUGCAUGGUGGCAAACAUGUGGUGAAUCCUGGUCCGAAAACGUGGUGUAGCGUUGCAGGAACAUUAAGUUUUCGUAUCCGAAAGCUGAUAGAAAGUAACAAAUUCGAUAUAAUAACAGCAUCAUGGCUGCGGAAUCUUGCUAUUUCUGAAUUUCCUUGUUCUUUAUCGCCAUUAGACAUGUUGUCAAUUAAAAAGGAAACCAAAGUUGCGUUGAGUUUGGAAUUUGACCCUUAUGGUGAUAGUUAUAAGGAACCGAUUGACGAAGAUACGUUGAAGAAAUGCUUGACGAAAAUGGAUAAUGAGGAUCCCAUUUACCCCACGACACAAGAAAUGGUGCAACUAGACCAACAACUGUUUGGCGAAAACAACCCAUUCUCAUUUCUAAGACAAUGUUCAAUACAUUUUAUGAACGAUCCCAUACGUUCAGCUCUAGCGAAGAUUUAUGGAGCCAGAAUAUGUGAUAAAAGUGACUUUUUAACUCACAUUGUGAUAUCAAAGGAAACGGAUAGACAAGAAUUACAUCGCAUUAAUAAUAAUGGCGACGUUAAAAUCGUGUCUGAAGAGUGGUUUGAUAAAUGUUUAGAAAUGAAGAAAUUAGUGCCAGUCUCGUGAAUUACACUCGAAAAAAUAUAUUUUUUUAUUUUUAUAUAAAAAGUUUAUGGAUAUAAGUACUGUGUAAUAAAAUAAUAUUUUCUUAAA